UAACAACCAAGGGGUGGAAUGCGGUUGCGCGGCUCGCCUGCCGUUCAGGGGCACGAGAUCGAACUCGGGCUAGCAGCAGCAGCAGCAGCAGUGCGGGCCUCCUCCAGCGUAAGCAGCCGAACGACCCCCAACAACAAACGCAGCAGCUCAAGGCCCGAAUCAGCGGCCGACAUGCCCCCGCGGAGGCCAGGCCGCCCCCGAGUGCCCCCGUCACCCCCGCAACUUGAUUCGGACAGUGCCAAACGCAGCUCGUCGCCUACAUGAUGUUGGCCACCGCGACACUGGCAAUCGCCACUCUCUCACUCCUAACUGCCAGCAAGGCCGCGGCCAAAUACUGUGAUGGGGGCCACUAUUGUGCGCCACCGAAAGAAUGCUGCACCGGCGGCUGCUGCUACAACGUGUACACGCCGCCGAUCUAUCGGCCUCCAGUUCCUCCGACGAGCCUCUUGAACGUCAUCUUCUGGAAUCACUGGCACUUCUGGGCGGUGGUGGCCACUAUCGCGGUGCUCUUCCUGGUCGGCUGCUCCAUUUGGCGCCGCCGCAGGUCCAUUGCGCGCUCCUGCCGCGGCUGCUGCUACUGCUGCGGCCAGUGCGACGGAGACGCGCACCGCAGCGACGACCUCAGCUCCGAGUCGGGCACCACCUACUACGCGCCGCCCAACUACAGCCGCAGCAACUCAUUCCACCACUCGCCACCCCCAUACAAUGAGGUCACAGCGAAGCCUGAUCUCUAUCCCUUGGUCAUCAGUUUUGGUGGAGACCAGGGAAAAAGUAUACCUGGCAGUUGUUUGAUGGUGCAGUAUUUCAGAAACUACCUAGUCCGGCCUGUGGGCUCCCUUUCCGCGGCGAGCACAGUGGACAGCCUAAACUCGGCCUUUAUGUGUGCUGACGUUCCACCCCCUUACCCUGGACAGGCGCCCCCGAGCGCUGCCCCAUCACCACCCCCUUCAUCCUUGAUGCUGCCCUCAUGCUGCGUGUCCGAAUUCGGCGGGCUCUCAGGUUCAGAGGUGAGCAGCCUUGGACUUGGCACGCCGGUGUCUCCGCCUCAAGCGACGACUCCGACGGCAAACAACAGACUGUUCCUGCCGCUGGACUUGUGCGAUGGUCCCCAGGAACUGCACGAGGAGGCGGCAGAGCUACGUGCCCUGCUCGACAAAAUUCAGGCCCUACCGACGGCAACCCCUGUCACGCCAGCAGAGUACGCCGACGGUGACAAUGAAUCUGCUUCCAAUAAAAGCCGGACGCCGUGGCCCAGUCAUUCAAAGAGUGGCUACACACCCCUGAGCCAAGGCAGCGGGCCACCAGUGGUGCAGCCGAAGCGGUCACGACGUGCGAGUUGGCUGUCGCUGACGUCGCCGCGCAACGCCCUGCCGCCAAGCACUUUUGGCUUCGGCGUAGUCUCUUCCCGGUCGGCGCCGACGACGCCGAGCACGCACCUGGCACCGCCUCUACUGACCGUGCAUACCGGCCGCGAGGGCAGCAGCCCCUUGCUCGAGGGCAGCUCCGAGGAUGAGGACGCCGAGAUGGACACAGAGCAGCUGAACCGCAGCUAGCUGUCCUCGCGUCAACAACCCUUGGGGCUUGUUCACCAAUAGUGAGAAAAAAAUCCAUAUUUAAGUUUUUUUGGCAGGCGGAGUUGUUAUCUCAUACACUCUGUGGUGCGUUUUGUCUUCGUUUGAAAUGAAUCUGCGCAAACAUUUUAGGAAACGAUAGCAAAUUUUAUGUACUCAGACCAAAAUCGUGUCAGAAGCGAUAAAUGAGGAUUUUUAGCUAUUUUUAUCACACAUCCAAAUGAUUGAACGAAUGGAACAAUCUACGAUUUGGUUCUGAUAAAGAAUAAACCGAGCCAAAAAUUACAAUGGUAGAGUAAACUGUUAUCAAAAUGAGUUAACUUUUUGGCUCGAUUUUGGUCUACUCUCUCUUAAUAUGUAUUGAAUUGCCGAUGGAUGCUCACUGUUUUUUGACGCGCGCAGUUUUUACAAAAGAAGGAAACCAAUUGGAACCUUCUUCAAUUUUCUGAACAAAGCGUUUUUCAAGGUGUGCCCGGUUUGAACGCUUAGAAAAAGAGAAUUAGUUGCGACAAUGGUGUAAGGUACCUCAAACUUGUCUAUAUUUGAAGUUCGUGCAUCCUCUUAUUUAUUCUUUGGACACUUCUUAAACAAAGCAACAGCGUAUGUUUCUUAGAUUGACCAGCGAGUUGAAAAAAUGUAGACCUUUGCUAAAGGUUAAGUUGAGAUAAAAAUGUAAACUUGUGGUGUUGUGCAUGCUCUAUUGUUACUUGUUAGAAAAAAACAAUAAAUUUUGAAAAGCAUGCAAUAAAAUUAUAAACUUCUAAAA